AUGUCUUUACGAAAUAAUUUGAUGCAAAAGGCAAGGAUCUAUUUUCGUGGCAAUGACAAACCGGCUAGUUUUCAAGAAGCACAAACUAUUUAUGAAUUUUUUAAGAAACGAGGAAAAUUAAUUGAAUUUAAAUAUGCAAGAUCAAGAAGUUUUUUAACAUUUGGAUUUAUACGAUAUCAUGAUAAUGAGAUUACCGAACAAUUGUUGAAAGAAGGAAAGGUUUUUGUAGAUGAAAUAAAAAAAGAAUUAUUUGUAGAAAGUUCAAACCAUAUACCAGUAGUACAAACUUUGGGACCAUGGCAUGCAUGGUUACAUCAUCAUAUAUUAAUUGUCCUUUGUCUACUUCAACUUGGGAAGAGGAUUACUUUCCAGCAAAUACUCUUAUAUAAUACAAGUGAAAGUGUUCUUGAUAUCACACAAUUGAUAGUGAUUCGACCUAUGAGGCUCACAUCAUGGAAAAAUACGGCUGUAUUAGAACUUCAAGUACUGAAAAGACGCCUCUAA